AUGCGUGCACUCUGCCUCCUCGCGUGCACCGCGGCGCUGGUGCUGGGCCUGGCCCACGCCCAGCAGCCUGCAGACAGCAGCACAGCGCCCAUCCAGGAGCUGCCAGCCUUCUCACGCCUCCAGGCCUGCGUGCCGUUCAACGUGCUGGUGCAGCCCUCGCUGGCGGAUGGCCCCGCCUACGGCCUUCAAGUCGACGCCGCGCCGGAGGUGGAGCAAGCGUUGAGUGCCAUUGUUCAGGGCGAGGCGCUGCUGCUUGAGACCGACUCCUUCGUGACCCAGGAGCCAAUCAAGGUUGUGGUCUACCUGCCCCCCGAACGCCUCGCCGCGCUCGACCUGCUGGGCUUUGGCGGCAGCAUCUAUGUCAACCAAGGCGAGCCAACCGGGGGAGGGUCAGCCGCCGUGCUGCGCAUGCCCAGCAGUUUCGAUGUGGACAGCUUCACGCUGCGCCUGGGCACCGGUGGCGGCAGCGCGUAUGUGUUCAACAUAACGGCGGCGAACGCCAGCGUGCAGACGCAGAGCAACGGCCAGGUUGUGCUCACCGGCUCUUAUGGCAACGUAGACCUCACUGCCUCUGGCAUCUCAACCGCAGUGAAUGUGGAUCUGUCGGGCAUCUCAGAUGUCUACCUGCAGCCCGCGUCGACUGACGUCCAGAUUGCUGGCAGGGGCACGGGGAUCAGCACUGUUGUGUACACGCAGGGCCAGUGCAGCGUGCAGAGCGCCUUCCUGCUCUCCUCGCCUUGCCAGCAGAGCAGCGCCAUCAACCUGCAGGUGCCCAGCCCCUCCUGGACCCAGGGCCUGACCGCCGUGGGCUCCUUCUCGUGCGGCCUGGGCGAGGGCUUCCUGUCCCAGGCCCCGCAGGGGCUGCCAAGCUUCCAGGCGCCCGAGCUCCAGUUCCCCACUUUCCAGCCGACUCCCAUCACAACAGCCCAGAUGGUCCCCGCUGCCCAGGCCGCGGCCCCCGCUCCGACGCCCGUGCCCGCGGCGCCCGCCGAGCCUGCUGCAGCCCCGGCUCCGACAGAGACCCCCACCGGCUCCCAGUUCCAGGCCGGCAGCGUGACGCCGCAGGCGACCCGUGCCCAGAGCGCCGCCACCGGCCAGAGUGAGCUGGGCGAGCUGCGCCUGCUGCUGGCACACAAGGGCUUGGGACUGGGCCUGAUGUAG